AUGACUCUGCGCAGCAAGAGUUGCCCAUUUUGCCUUUUCCAAUGGCUUCGACGGCACCCGUCAGCUGUGGAUCCUGGCUCAAGGGCAUCGGCGACCAAGUUGAAGCUCAUGGAUGCUGAGCGUCGAAAAUGUCGAAGCUGCUGCGGCCAAGGGGCACAAGUCUCAGUAGCUGUGCUACUGGGUUUGUCUCUGGGGGUCCUACUAGCAGAGCUGAAACCAGAUGAGUCUGUGAUGUCUGUCCUGGCCUUUCCUGGGAAACUCUGGCUGAAAGCCUUGACCUGCGUAGUGCUCCCGCUGAUUGCCUGUGGCAUGGUUCAGUCCAUGGCUCUGAUGCGCGAGUUGCCCGGAGCCCGAGAUGUGGCAGCGUGGCUGCUGUGCUUGUACGGCUUCACCACCGUCGUGGCUGCCGUGGAGGGCGCGGCUAUCUCCCUCAGCUUCCUGAGCUGGACGGUGGCACCAUUGGAGGGGCUCACGGCCGAGGAGGAAGGGAUGCAGCAGAUGACAGUGACGGAGGCAGUGUUGAAUAUCUUUGACCAACUGGUGCCCAAAAAUCUGGUGGCAGAUGCUGCGGCCAAUCGCCUGGUGUCGGUGAUUGUGAGUUCGGUGCUGUUGGGGCUGCUGCUUCCAAGCUGCAAGGCAGAUGGGCGCAGGAGCACCACACUGGAGGUGGUGGAUGAGGUGAAUGAGGUUGUCAGCAAAGUCAUAAAAAUCCUGAUUCUCUUGAGCCCAGUGGGUGUUUGUAGCUUGGUUUUAGCUGGCUCGGCUCGCUUCAACUUGCGCGAAAUGGGCACCUCUGUGGCUGCCUUGGUGGGCUGCGUGCUGGCAGCAGAAGCAGCGCACAUCUUCCUCUUUUGUCCUAUGUUGCUGGUGCUGGGUGCCAGACGUAAUCCGGUGACCUAUUUCCGAAGCUGUUUGCCUGCCUUGUUUACUGCCCUGGGCAGCUGUUCAUCUGCAGCCUGCCUGCCCUUGAAUCUCCAAGCAGCUGAGGAGAACGGUUUGAGGCCGCAUGUGGCGAAGCUGGCACUGAACCUAGGGGCAACUAUCAAUAUGGAUGGCAAUAGCAUUUAUUUGAUUUGCUGCACGGUGUGCAUUGCUCUGAUGCAGGGCAUUUCUUUAACCCCUGGAGACAUCGUGGUAUUGUGCGCCAUGGCCACCCUGUGUACUAUGGGCACGGCACCGGUACCCAGCGCUAGCCUGGUACUAUUGGCCACGCUUCUGUCCAUGCUCAACAUCCCAGUGACCGAGACCUUUGGUCUGGUAAGCGCCAUCGAUUGGUUGCUGGACCGCCUUCGCACCUGCGCCAACGUCUACGGCGAUGCCUGUGUGGCGGCCGUGGUGGACCAUCGAACGAGCCAGGUUGGGAACAAGGAUCCAGAUGAGACGGAACCCAGACAUGAGAUGCUAUGUUUUUCAGAGCAAGUGGGAAUCCAAUCUGAGCCUUUGUGGCAGGUGCCACAGUCGCGGCACCGGCCCAUGGCUUCGCCAUCCACGCCCUUUGAUUGCCUGGGAUCGGAGGCUCCGACCCCUUCGCAGCAUCCCUUGAGCUCACCGGGAGUGAGAACACCUGGAGCGCACCAGCCAUCCUUGGCCUCACUUCUGCACGAUGACGAGCAGGGUCGUCGCCACCCGCCUUUGGCCUCUUUGCUGGGACCUUCCGAGGCCGCCCACGAGGUGCCCGUGAAGCGCCUUGGUCCUAUGGCGCCUAUGGCUUCCAGCCUUGGCUACAAAGGAAACAUUGCGCCGCAACCCAUCGAGCCUCGAGAGGCACCACCGGGACCUCCAUCACCACCACGGCGUGCCAUCAAACCACCUGACAGCUUCGGGGCAUUUGAGGCUGAGCCAACCGUGCUGCCUUUAUCUCCUGCCACGAUGUUGCUGGGUGACACAACUCCCGCACCGGAGGCACCUGCCAAUCCUUCCUAUGGCGGGAUAGAUGAGUCUUCGCGACAAUUUGGAGCGCCGGGCCCAUUCCAGUCCUUCUUCUCGCAGGAGAGAACCGGGACGUCUCCCGAGUUCAGAGCGGUGAGCUUCACGGUUGCCGCCCUUAUCACGACUCAGAUGCACUUGCCUGAAUCUCUAGAACCACCUGGCAAAACUCCGCUUCCUUUACUGCAGGUAGUGUCUCCGAUUGCGGCAGAGGCAACGCCUGCACGGUGCCGGCGACGCACCGAGGCCGAAAUGUCCAUAGCCGGUAGAGUUACGCCAGUCCCGCUGCCCAUGCUGGACAGCAAGGUCGAGAUCACAGAACCCCUUUCCUCACCCAAGAAGGAGGAACCUAUCCGAACUUCGGGUGUGGAGUUCGAGUUGGCGUAUUCAGAUGACUGGGUAGAUGUUUUCGACAAGAGGCUCGAGCAGGCCCUUUGUGAGAUUGAGGAUGCAAACAUCCCUCAGGAGGAACUCGUAGCGUUUUGCUUGACCAUCAUGGAUGCUUUUGGCUCCAUGUUGGUGUGCCUCGAUACUAGGGAGCUAGAGACUUCUGGCCUUCCAACGCGAGACCUGUUUUCAGGAAGCCAACCAGGGGUGUCAGCCCACUUCCCGUUGAAGGUUCGCUUGGGGCCCUCGACCUCUGGCAUAGGCGGCGGCGCGAACAGUGCCUUAGGCGCCGGCAGACCUAAGGUGGAGGCACUUCCCAUUAGCCCAGCUGGUCUUUUGGAACAGUUUGGAGCCAAGCCCGUGGCAUCAGGGAGGUGUUGUACGGUGUUGUGGGAGCUCAGGCUGUGA